AUUAAGCGAUAUCAUAGAAAAUUUUCCAAAAGAACAUUUUAAUAGCAUUGUACGAUCACCGGAUACUAACACUCACAAAACAAAUCAACAGAAGUAUGAAGAUCUUGCUAAAAAUGAAAAUAUUAAUGAAAGUGAAAGAUUAAGCGAUAUAAAUGAGAAAUUUCUAAAAGAGCAUUUUUAUAACGCUGUGCGAUCGCUGGAUACUAACACUCACAAAACAAAUCAACAGAAAUAUGAAUUUCUUAAAAAACAAUUUGUCAAUAACGAAAAACUUAAUAAAAAUGAAAGGCAGUAUUUAUUGAAUAUGUUAUUGAAGGAUUAUUUUUAUGAUACUAUACAGUCAAUGGAUACAAACAAUUGCGGAUCAACUCAACAGAGAUACGCAUUACUUAAAACAGAAUUCACCGAUUAUGAAAAUUUUGAUGAAAAUGAAAGGCAAUAUAUAUUAAACAUGCUUUUAAGAGAUUAUUAUUAUGAUACUGCAUGGUCAAUGCCUUCAAGUGUUUACAGAACAAAUCAACAAAAAUAUAAAUUUUUCAGAACACAAUUCAAUAAUAAUGAAAAUCUUAAUGAACUUGAAAGAAAAUAUUUAUUCAACAUGCUUCAAAGAAGAUUUGAUAACUUAAGCGUCAUCUACAAUGACGGUGAAAAGCGUCAAUGCAAUGGUUGCAAGAAUGAAACUCGUGCCUUACUAUAUUGCGAGUUUUGUAUUAGAAAUUACUUACAGCAAAAUUAUCAAGAAUGGACUGGCAACGAUAAAAUUGACAGUGCAAUUAAAGAGGCCCAAAAACGUGCAAUGGGGCCGAAUUUAAUAAUCGAAUUUAUUCCUCAUGAAAAACUUAAAAUAAAUCCAAAAUAUAUAACGAAGGGUAGUUACGCUGAAAUAUAUAGGGCAAUAUGGACAGAUGGUCCUUUUGACAAGUGGAAUUAUGACAAAAAAGCCUUAGAAAGGACGAGAGACCAUAGCGUUAUUCUCAAAAAGCUAAAAGAAUCAAAUAAAUCGACCAGUAAUUGGCUUAAUGAGAUUGCAACUAAUAUUGUUAGAUGCUAUGGAUUGACUAAAGAUAGAGAUUCUAGGGAUUUCUCAUUAGUUUUAGAUGUUAUGGAUUGUAAUUUACAAGAAUAUUUGAUAAAAAAUAAUUCCAGAAUUGGGUGGAAAGAACAAAUUGCUUAUGGAACUCCACUUGAAUAUGCAGAUUUAAUUAAACAAUGUUGGGAUGCCAUACCAAACAAACGACCAGAAGCCAGCACAAUUUUUAAAAAACUAUAUUCAUUAUGUCAAAGUUUCUCUGAACGUACCACAAAUGAUAAUAUGAUGGAUAAAAAAAUAGAAAUUGCGGAUAAAUUUGAUGACUUAAUAAACUUUUCAUCUGGAGAAGGACCUGAAAAUUUUAUGAGAGCUGGAAUUCAAUUUCCAGAAGCUAUUUCAUCUGGAGAAGGCCCUGGAAAUUUUAUAAGGGCUGAAAUUCCAAUUCCAGAAUUUAUUUCCUCCGGAGAAGGCCCAGGAAAUUUUUUAAAAUCUGAAAUUUACUCUUUUCAGAAUCUUACAGAGCCAAGUAAUUUUACGAAAGCAGUGCUAGAUGAAAUGCUAGAGUGCGAUUUUGAUAAUAUUGAAAAGUUAUUCGAUACGGAUUCAAACGAUUUUGGGUUCGAAAAAGUUGAUAAUACAGUGGAAUCUUUUGAAUCUUUAAGAUAUCAUGACACUACAGAUGAAGAAUAUGUAGCUAUUAGUAAAGAAUCUUGGAAGAAAGAUUCAAGCCAAGAGAGCAUUAAUGAGAGUUACAGCAGUGUUAAAGCAGGCUUUAAUGAGGAUGAUAUUAACAAAAAGAUUGAAAGAUAUAUUACUAUUAAUGAUGAAACAUCGAGAAAUGUUUUUGUUUGGUUAUUAAAUAACAAAUCAAAUUCAAAGCAAAUAUGUCUACUCGGAAGAUUUUACCAUGGUCGAAUUGGAACGAAUAAGAAUAGUGAGAGGGCAUUUAAUGCAUUUCUUAAUGUAAAAGAAAAUGCAGGAAAAAAAGAGCUUGAACAUAAAUGA